AUGAAGUCCCAGUCUCCAGUCGCAGUCUCCAGUCUCCAGUCGCAGUCUCCAGCAAGUCCCCAGUCUCCAGUCGCAAGUCCCAGUCCCAGUCGCAAGUCCCAGUCUCCAGUCGCAAGUCUCCAGUCGCAAAGUCCCAGUCUCCAGUCACAAGUCCCAGUCUCCAGUCGCAAGUCCCAGUCCCCAGUCGCAAGUCCAAUCUCUCCGCACCAAGCCAAGGACAUACGAUCACGGUUCAAAGUCUCCAGUGAAGUCCAGUCUCCAGUCGCAAGUCCCAGUCUCCAGUCCAGUCUCCAGUCCCAGUCAAGUCGCAAGUCCCAGUCUCCAGUCAAGUCCCAGUCUUCAGUCACAAGUCCCAGUCUUCAGUCACAAGUCCCAGUCUCCCAGUCGCAAAGUCCCAGUUUCCAGUCCAAGUCCCAGUCUCCAGUCGCAAGUCCCAAUUCUCGCCACCAAGCCAAGACAUACGAUCACGGUUCACUGAAGUCGCAGUCUCCAGUCGCAAGUCGCAGUCUCCAGUCGCAAGUCCCAGUCUCCAGUCGCAAGUCCCAGUCUCCAGUCGCAAGUCCCAGUCUCCAGUCGCAAGUCCCAGUCUCCAGUCGCAAGUCCCCAGUCUCCAGUCGCAAGUCCCAGUCUCCAGUCUCCAGUCUCAGUCCAGUCUCCAGUCCAGUCUCCAGUCUCCAGUCGCAAGUCCCAGUCUCAGUCUCCAGUCUCCAGUUGCCCCAGUCUCCAGUCGCAAGUCCCAGUCUCCAGUCGCAAGUCCCAGAGUCCCAAAGUCCAGUCAAUCUCUCCACCAAGCCAAGACAUACGAUCACGGUUCACUGA